AUAAGCGAAGGUGGAGGGAAAGUGGCCAGUGGAAACUAACGAGGAGCGCCAUAAGAAACAAGAGGCCCGCUAGUGGUUUACGUAUCUCUCUCUCUCUCUUUCUCUGAAUUUGUUUCGUUCGCAGAUUCACUCAGCCAAAUCUUUCGCGAACAUGGCCCUCGUUGGCGUUCUCGCCCUUCAGGGAUCUUUCAACGAACACAUCGCAGCGCUGAGAAGGCUAGGAGUCAAAGGCGUGGAGAUAAGGAAGCCAGCGCAGCUUGACAGCGUAGCCUCCCUUAUCAUCCCUGGUGGAGAGAGCACCACCAUGGCUAAGCUCGCUGAGUACCACAACCUGUUUCCUGCAUUGCGUGAAUUUGUUAAAAUGGGGAAGCCUGUUUGGGGGACCUGUGCAGGGCUUAUCUUCUUAGCAAACAAAGCUGUAGGGCAAAAAACAGGUGGGCAGGAGCUAGUUGGUGGCCUGGAUUGUACUGUGCAUAGGAAUUUCUUUGGUAGUCAGAUUCAAAGCUUUGAGGCAGAGCUUGCAGUACUGGAGCUUGCAUCCAAGGAAGGUGGUCCUGAGACAUUUCCUGGAGUUUUCAUUCGUGCUCCUGCAAUCCUUGAAGUAGGUCCGGAAGUUCAAGUGCUGGCUGAUUACCCCGUCCCAUCCGAUGUCUUGGAUUCAAAUUCUACUAUUGAAUCCCCAGAGGAGAAAAUUCAGUCUGAAAAGAAAGUGAUUGUAGCUGUAAGACAGGGAAACUUGUUAGGGACUGCCUUCCAUCCUGAAUUGACAGCAGAUACUCGAUGGCAUAGUUACUUUUUGAAGAUGGCAAAUGAUGUUGCAGAAGGGGCCUCAACUAGCAUUAUUGCUGUUGGAGUGGAUUUAGGUUUAAACAAUCAGCCUAGGAAUGACCUUCCUAUAUAUAGGAGCAUUGAGAACUAAAAAUCCUCUUUACCACAUUUCCUUUUCUAAAUUAUUUUUCUUUCUAUUAUGAAGUUUUCGCAUCCUUGUAGAACUGUUAUAUCUUUUAAAGGUCAUAUACAUUGAGCUAGCAUUCUUUAAAUUUUGUGAUUUUGAUUUAAGGCAGACUCUCAGUCACAUGGUGUAUAUAUAAUUUGAAAUAACUAUAUUUAGUCA